GGGAACACUUGAGAAUUUGUCCACAAGGCUACACUUGCUGCACCAGUGAGAUGGAGGAGAACUUUGCCAACAAGAGUCGGCAUGAAUUUGAAGGCAUGUUGAAGGAGGCCACACGCUCGGUGCAAGUAAUCUUAACAGCCCAGUACAAGAACUUUGAUG